AUGGUUCUACUGGUGGGUCGUGGUGGUCAGCGCAUGGAGCCUGAUGGAGCGCCGUGUACCAUACUGGUUUGCGGAUGGGACGCAAGUGAUCUUCGAAUGUUUGGCGGGACGCCGCAGAAAAGUUUCGAACGCAGGCGUGUGGAGACGUCGGUUCAGGGCGUCGCGACGCGAGGAAAUUCAGAAGUUACGUUAAUCCUAAAGAAGGAGCUCUUAGUGUGCCUCAGAAAUAACCUCGUCAAUCGUCUCAGGGAUGAGCUUUACCUCGUGAAGUUGAACAUUUUGUGGGAUUCCCAAAUUUUGUACAGCCCCCGUAUGUUUCCCAAACUAAUUUCUGAGAAAUUAAAGGACGUUAAUCAUCUGUGUUUGAACUACGAUUCACACAAUUUAUACGAGGUUGAAUUACAACUGAUAACGACUUAUUUAUCAAAAUACGAUGAUGCCAUUCUAGUAAUAAUCGGCAUUUUCUUUCUGCCCAUCGCGGACAAAGAUAUGAAUAUUUUACGUACGUUUCUGUUUUUAACCGUAACCGGAGCAGUUGUUUUAGCCACGAACGACACAGCAAGAUACCGCUUGCCAGAAGAAGUCAUCCCCCUGUCUUAUGAACUCAAAUUGCAACCCUUAAUCGCCCAGGAUUACUUCAAGGGAGAAGUUUACAUCAACCUCAGUGUAACAUCCCCAGUUGCCUCGAUUUAUCUUCAUGGCAGUGAUCUGAAUAUAAUAGAGGCGAAAAUCGUUGGUGACACCGAGAAAGUUAACUACGACAUCCUGAAGGAUUAUCAGCUGAUAAGGAUCUACCACGAAAAUGGAGAGAAGAUAUUGGCCGGUGAUUAUCUCCUUUAUUUCAAGUAUGAAGGCUCCCUGCUCCACCAGGAUCAGAUGGGGAUGAUCAAGGGGUUGUAUUCCAACAAGAAUGGGACUGAAGUUCUUAUGGUAACCGAUUUUCAACCCACUCAUGCCCGAAGAGCCUUUCCAUGUUUCGAUGAACCAGCCCUGAAGGCAAUCUUUAACAUCAGUAUUGUCACGCCCGAUUCAUCCUGGAGAGCUCUCUCAAAUGCCGAAGAGAUUGGACACGAACAGACCCCUGAAGGUGUCCUUUACCGUUUCAAAAGUACGCCGCUCAUGUCUGCCGAAGUGACCUCGUUUGUGGUCACCAAAAUGGGAUUUCUAGAAAACUCAUACCCGCAUAAAGACGGGUUGUUGAAGAUCAGGACUUUCUUGAGCAACGCCAAGGAGGAGAAUCAAACGUUCGUUUUGAAUUUCGCCUACGAAUGUGUCAAGUAUUUCGAGGAAUUCACGGGGGUUGCUUAUCCCAUGUCAAAAAUAGAUUUCAUCGAGUAUGAUAAGAAGUUCACAGCAACCGAGUACUGGGGACUGACGACUUUCAAAACUGGCCUACUGAAUCCCACUCUGGACAUUUAUGACACCCGUCAAAUAUCCAUCGUAGUAGCUCACGAGUUGACUCAUUACUGGUUCGGUAAUUUAGUUACGAAUAAAUGGUGGAACGAUAUAUGGUUACAAGAAGGAUUUGCUCAAUAUUUGUCACUCAAAGUAGUAGACGAUAUUCUGAACACCACGAAUGUAAAUGAAUAUCCCUUAGAUUACACCACUACAGUAUUCAAACAUGAUGCAGAUGCUGAGGAUAUUAAACCAAUAGUGGCAAAUUGUACAACCCCUAAGGAUAUCAUGAUACAAUUCAAUGAUAUUACCUAUAUUAAAGCAGGGAGUAUAAUCCGUAUGCUGAACUAUGUGGCUGGAGACAAGGGUUUCGAGAAAAUUAUCAGGAAAUAUUUCAGAGAGCACUCGUACAGUUCUGCCAGCACUGCAGAUUUCAUGUCGACCGUUGGAUCAGUGCUGCCAAACACUCCGUUGGUAGAAUUCUUGGAAACUUGGCUCUAUCAGAACAGAUUCCCCAUCAUAACCAUAGAGGAAGAUGUGAAAAAGAAGACGUACAUCCUGAGACAAGAAUCAGCUUCGAAGUUCAAGAAAACCGAUAAAUUAUCACCAUUCGGGUACAAAUGGACUAUUCCAAUUAUUUAUACUACGGAUCUUCAAAAAGAGCCGUCCAUUGUUUGGUUCAGAAAGGAUGAUGAUUUUAUAACAAUUCCUAAAUCGAAUGAAGGGUUUAUAAAGUUGAAUUACAAUUUGAUGGGAAUAUAUUACACGAAUUAUACUCAAACGAUGUGGCAUAAUCUGAUAGACCAUGUCCAGUUACUGAACGAAUUGGAACAAGUCACGCUGACCUUCGAGGCUGAAAAGCUGUUUGAAGCCGAUACAAUCAACUGCGACGUGGUGCUGAAGCUGAUUGCAAGGGUUGGGGCGGAACUAAACCAAUACGGCUUAUCCCCUUUGAGUCCACUCUUCACCCUCAGGGACAAAAUGAAGUUUGAUCCCACAAUCCACAACAUCUUGAGGAAAUUCUACUACGCCAUUAGGGCCAAAUCGAAGCUGAUCAGGAAGAGGCAGCAGGAUCCCAAGAGGACCAAGAGGAAUCUGAGCUUCGAUGCGUAUGUUAACGCUACAGAAACUGCCACUGAGGAUGUCGGCAAUAAAACUGAGACGAAGGAGAUACCUCAUCCCAGAUAUGUGAGGUGCGCUAAAUGGAUACAUGAAAAUUUGAGCUACUUGAUCAAUUGACCUCAAGAUUACAAUGUGAUAGCCAUAUGACAAUUUUUACCUAAACGAAUUUGUAGUAAUUUAUUUUGCUAAUAAACGUUUUCAUUUU